CAACCCUGCUCUGUAAAAGUCGGAAAAACAGAGAAUUCUAUUUUCAAUUGGACAAUUCGCAACGUAAACAGCCGGAAAAUGUCGCGACAAGCCUCUCGUUUGGACGCCAAGAAAGUGUAAGUGUGGUGUGUGUUGAGGGCUUGAGGUUGAGACACGACAACAGACAGGCACAAAUCGCCCAGCAAUCGGGCUAUGGAAAACCAUUUCAGCGCCACCAGCCGACCCUCAGCCACGCCCAGAAUGAGCUCCAACGCCACCGCUGCCGCCGCCAACAGCAACAGCACCAACAACAACGCAACAACCGGCAACAAUGUGAAUGUAAACACAGCAGCCGGAGGAGCCACAAAUGCCGGCGCCACUGCUGCUGCUGCCCAACCCAUCCAAGUGAUUCCCAUGCCAAUGCUGCCCACCGGAGCGGCCCAAAUCAUAAUUGGCCAGCAGGCACAGGGCCAGACGACGGCGACGGGUCUGCAGCCUCAAUUGAUACCCCUGCAGGCCAACCAGAUUAUGCUGCAGGCGGCGGCCCAGCAGCAGCCCCAGAUGCAGGUGAUGCAGCUGCCCGAUGGCCAGACCAUCUUCUAUCAGACGCCCACCAUUGCAGCCCUGGAUCCGAAUGCAGCGGCCAACGCAGCAGCAGCAAUGGCCGCUCAACCUGCGCCCCACUACCUCAACAUCAACGGGCAGCUGGUGCAGAUCACUCCAGCGGCCAGCGCUAAUCAGGCAACGCCCACCGCUGGUCAGCAGAUCAUCAUGGUGCCGCAGACGGCCAUGGCAGCGGUGAAUGCAGCGGCCGCCAAUGCUGGAGUGGGCGCAGGUGUGGCCUCUGUGGUCACCCAACAACAACAGCAGCAGCAGCAACAACAACAACAGCAGGUUCAGGCCCAGAACCAAAACCAGCAGCAACAACAACAGGCGGCGGUGGCUGCGGCAGCAGCGGCGGCUGCGGCCAGCGCUGCAGCCAAUAAUAUAAGCGCUGAUGUCAGCACAAGUACCACUGGGACCAAUACGAACAGCGAGGACGAGAGCUCCAAGGGCGAGGCGGAUGAGGAGCCGCUCUAUGUGAAUGCCAAGCAGUACAAACGCAUCCUUAUUCGGCGGCAGGCCAGGGCCAAGCUGGAGUCGCGCAUCCCCAAGGAGCGCUGCAAGUAUCUGCAUGAAUCACGCCAUCGGCACGCCAUGAAUAGGGCGCGGGGCGAGGGUGGCCGCUUCCAUUCGGCGCAGGAGAAGGGCGAUCAGGAUUCAUCCGGUCCGGAUAGCGGCAGCAUGCCCAUGGCGCCCAGUGGCGGCGUAACCCUUAGCCGAGGAACGGCAAGGGCGCCACCUAAACUGAUUGCACCUCAUCAAACGCCAAGCAUUACCAUAACGGCGAUCAAAUCGGAAUAGUCGCUGCCUAUCUGUAGAUACAAACUAGACUAGAUGAUAGCUUAUAGUCUUAAGCCAGUCACUCUGUGUUUCCCAUUUGUCCUCAAUCACACCUCAUAAGUCGGCUCACCUCUUUCGGUUCCAAUUUGAACUUGUUCAUUUCGAAUAACCAGCCUUGUUGCCAUUUCACAUUUCGAAAUAAUUUAGUUUUGUUCCCAAAUGUCGAUUAUCUUUUUUCCAAUUUACAUCAUUUAUUUUAUAUUACCAAAUU